AGAACUGCACUGAAUAUGCAGAUGAGAAAGCGACUUAAAGCUCAGGAGGCCACUUCAGACAUCUUCUGAAACAUCACUAUCAUCAGGUCUACAGUGCAGUCAACAUGAAGACUCUCAGCCUGACGGCGGGACUGCUGCUUAUGGUGUUUGCAGUUUACCCCAGCGAUGCCUCUAAGGCAGUGAAUGCACCUGACCUUUGCUGUUUUCACUUCUUUGACAAACGGAUCCCAAAGGCGAACAUCGUGUCCAUCGUGAAAACUCACAGACAAUGCUCCACACCAGCAUUUGUGAUCGAGACACCCAGAACGCUUUUCUGUGUGAAGCAGACUGUGAAGUGGGCAAUGGAACAAUUUGUUAAAGAAGAGAGAGCGAAAAUUGAACCAAUGCUACAAUUAACACUUCAAAAAUCACAAAAUGCUUUCACUCCAUGAAGUUACUUUGUAAACUGUUGCUGGAAUUUUAACCCCUUUAUUCUUUACCUGCUUAGUUACAGCUGCAGAAUAUAGAGAACAUUUAUUUUAUGCUGAUUUCAAUUUUUUUUUUUUACAUUAUCACAAUAUCAACUUCAUAAUUUGGGAAUUAUGUUAAUCCAGUAUGUAAAACUCAG